CCUCCCUCCUCUCUCUCUCUCUCUCUCUCUCUCUCGAUAAUUCCUCUCAAAUUCGCCCGUUUUCUUGCUCAAAUUUCACUAAAAAAUUCUCCGAAUUCUCUUCCAAUAUGAUUGAUGUCGGGUGCUUGAGUGAUCCGUAGCUUUGAUUUGCUCAAAGUUUUGAUUUUUCGUUUUGUGUGGGGUGGAAUUGGUUCAGUGAAGUGGUGGUGGAGGUAGGGGGGAGUGGAGGGAGGAGUGGAAUGCUGGAGGUCGUUGAGGUGGAGAUGAAUGGUGGAUACGGGCAGAUGCAGCAGAGCUGCGGGGAGAGCAGCGAGGAGGAGCUAUCGGUGCUCCCGCGGCACACCAAGGUGGUGGUGACCGGCAACAACCGGACCAAAUCCGUUCUCGUCGGCCUCCAGGGGGUCGUCAAGAAGGCCGUCGGUCUCGGCGGUUGGCAUUGGCUGGUCCUGACUAAUGGCAUAGAGGUGAAGCUGCAAAGAAAUGCACUUAGUGUAAUUGAAGCCCCAACUGGUCAUGAGGAGGAUGAUGAGAUUGGAUGCGAAAAUAUGCAGUGGAAUGUUUCUGACAUGGCGUCUGAUGACACACAAUUACAAAAGCCACACAGAUGCAGAAGCAGACAGCACAAAGGGUCUCUCAGCAAAUCCUUGAGCAGGUCUCAAUCGUGCGAUUCUCAAUCUAAGGGAUCUGUUUCAUCCUCUAGGGGCACAAUGAAAGUUGACCUGAGCAAGCUAGAAACAACAGCAUUAUGGAGAUAUUGGCGUCACUUCAAUCUUGUGGCUGCAAGUCCUAACCCGUCCAAGGAGCAGCUAAUUGAAGCAGUUCAGAGGCAUUUCAUGUCACAGCAAUUGGAUGAGUUGCAGGUUAUUGUAGGGUUUGUGCAGGCUGCAAAGAGACUCAAAACUGUCUGCAAUUGACCUGGUGAGAAGCUUGCCAUUUCAAUGCUAACAGAUUGGAAGUAGGGCUUUCGUUGUCUGUAGCUAUACUAUGUAACAUAUGUAUCCUGGUUGUUGGUUACCGGAACAGCUUGGGUAACUGGUUUUUUCAUAACUAGAGGUUACUGUUAGUCCUGUAAUGUAGAUAUAUACUGUUAAAGACCUUGAAGCCAUUGUGGCUUUUGAGAUUGCCAAUGCUGCACUGCUGACUGUUUUGGGAGGAAAUGCCGUCUGUUUAACUGCUUACUUGGGCUUAAAAGAAUUAUCGAGUUGUAUCAUUGGAUGAUUGAGUUGUAUUAUGCUGUAUGUCAUAAUGGUGCUGGUAAGGUACUUUCUCAGUGGGGCAUCUGUGUAUGGUGUAAUGAGGGGUAUUGGAAUGAUCAGAACUUGUUUAGUCUUACGGCUAGGCUCUGGUUUAUGAAGAUUGUGCACCUAGGACAAGAAGAUUUGCUCCGGAGAUCUGGUGUUACUUACGGAGCAGGAGGCUGCCUGAUAAUAUCCUUCAAAUUUACAGAGGACCCUAUGCCAUUAGUUGAUUAUUAGUGGGAGUAAACAUAUGGAUCUUCUAGUUUCACUGGUCAUGAUCGUGGAUUUUAUUUAUAUAUAUUUUUUCAGUUAAUUGCUUUAAGCUUCUAAAACU